AUGCCCGGGACGCCCCCGCUUCUCCCUCUCGAGGUGUCCUCCGCGUCCUUCUUCCGUAUCGAGUGCAGCCAUCCUCAGCUCUUCCAGUCCGAGUACAAGCGGAGCAAUCGCACGAAGGGCCUCAAAAUCAUCAGGUGCUUCCCACACUGCUGCCCUGAGCAUAUUGACCGCAGCUACUGCGGCACUUCUUUGAGUGUACGCGUAGAUUUAUCGGUAUCUCAAUCUGCCGCGUCGGCAGAUCCGCUGCCUUGUGAGAACAUAGCUGUCUUCGCACGCUUCGAGGCUGUGAAUGACGUAAGUCUCCGACCCAGCGAGUGCAUCGAGUUCGAAACGAUGGCGGCUGGGACGCAAUCCGAAGACAAUUUGGAAGGCCAGUGGGUCGAGGGAAUACGUGAUCGUCCGUCUGGACUGGUGGCCGCCCUUCGUGCUCCAGGAAUGUCAUCUGAUGAGCAGAUUUUGCUCGUGUUCCAUUUGAAUGGCAAACCGUUUUCCCGCUGGUAUUACGACUGGGAGAGUGGCGCCAACAAGGCUCAGCGAUUGAUGAAACAUGUCCUGAAGGCUUACGUCUUUGAGCACUGUGCUGUUGAUGCGAACGACGACUUUGUAAGCUUUACGAGUCGCCAAGCUUAUAAAGAUCUCUAUCGAGUACUUCACGUCGUGACGUCACCAGAAUUCACCGUCAUUUCAUACCGUCGUACACCUUCCGAUCCCAACCAUACCGCGCUCUUGCCGCCACAUUCGAUGCCGGGGGAUGAAAUGCUGACGCAUGAAGAUACGCGACUUUCGCACACUUCAGUGACUGUAAAGGUAGAUCCUUCGCUCGCACAGGCAGACCAGGCAGCACAAGUACGACCACCGGAGAUUCCAGCUCGACUUUUGCCAUCGAUGGGCAAAUAUUGA